UCUCCAUCUCAAUGUAGCACAUACUUUAGGAACGUGUGUUAAAUAAAUUCAAUAGUGUAAAUAGUUAGUGAAAUACGCGCGCACGUGCAUUGAGAAAACAUCUCGAAUAAAAAAUGAAAAUUAAAAGAAUCAAAAAACUAAAACGCAAGAAGAAGUAUAAUCAGAACGUGAAUCGAAAGAGGCUGCGAAAUAAAUUACAGAAACUGCCGGUCAUUCCAUGCGACCAAAUAAAGGAGGAAUGGAAGAAUACACAUUCUACUCGUGUCAAUUUAAAAGAAAUGGGUUUAGCAUAUGAUGCAAACAAAGCAGUGCAAAUUCCUAAUGUAAAACGUCAGAUGUUGAAGGAUGCCAAGAGAAUAGUUACAGGAAACGAAGAUUUAUCAGAUCACGAAAAUGAAGAAGUGACUGCACGAAAAAGUUAUGUAAUGGAGAAGUUAGAAGUUGAGGCAAAAGCUCCUAGAGAACGACUUUUUAAAUUACCAAAUGGACAAGCACAAUUUCUUACUUACUUAAUAAAGAAAUAUGGUGAAGAUUACGAGGCGAUGUCGAGAGACAAGAAGAAUCAUUAUCAAUUAACUUGGAAGCAAAUACGGGCUAAGAUAAAAAUGUUUAAGGGAAUUCCAGAACAAUAUAACACAUUUGUUCAAAGUAGUAGUACGCAAUUAGAAGCCUGACGUUAUAAAUGUACAUUAGGAUUUUAUUUACAU